AAUAACGUUUUGUGACCAACGCCGAAAUGUUGUAUCGUCCAAAUGUAUCUAAUAGAGAAUUGAUUCCACUCUCUUGGCCCUUAGCUGCCUAUAGAUUGUUGAACAAUAUUUGUUGGCCACUUCGUGAUGGGGCAAAUCUACCGGAGCGGCUAUUCGAUCGUUUCUGUUGGUGGUUGUGCUUCGUCAUAUUCAUGCAACACAACGAUGCUGAGCUGCGUUACAUUGUUGUGAAUAGAGAUGAUUUGGAUCAGAUGCUAACUUGUGUGCCAGAAUAUUUGAUUUUGAUAGAAAUCCAUAUUCGUGCUUUCCAGCAGGGCUUAAAGAAGGACGACUUCAAGACAUUCCUCAAAAAAUUCUAUGCUGAAGUCUAUGUAGACAAAUCUUCUCAUCCCAAACUCUAUGCGAAUAUACAGCAACGCUUGCGUCCGAUUUGGUUUUUUUCGGCUUUAUAUUACAUGACCUUGUCAUCGUUUUUUCUAACUCUGUUGAACAACAACUUAAACAAUGCAAAGGAACCACUUUAUAAAAUGUACUAUCCAUUUGAUAUCACACCCUAUGCCAUUUAUGUGGCUAUUGUGUUCUCGAAUAUUUGGGUUGGUCUCAUUGUGAUAACAACGAUAUCGGGCGAAGACAACUUACUGUCCGAAGUGAUGUUACAUUUGAACGGACGCUUCCUGUUGUUGCAGCAAAAGUUGCGUGACGAUACUAAACGUCUGCUGGACGAGGCAAAUGGUAAAAAUGUUGCAGAUGAUCUUAGUCGCCAGAUCGUAGAGGCUAUUCGGGAGAACGAACGAUUGUACAAAUUCGCCAAAGAGUUUGAACGCGAAUUCUCCUUUCGCAUAUUCACCAAUUUAUCCUUUAGUGCGAUGCUGCUGUGUGCUUUGGGCUUCAAAGUGUACACGAAUCCGAUGAGCAGUUUUGGUUUUAUGUUUUGGAUCUGUGCUAAGGUGAUGGAAAUGUUGUUGAUCGGUCAGUUAGGCUCGACACUGAUCGCCACAACCAAUCAAAUAAGUUCGGCCUUUUACGAAUCCAGCUGGGAAUUGGUUAUACAUCAGUCCAAGGAUUCGAAUGCAAAUGUACGUUUGAUGAAAUUACUGGUGCUGGCGAUUGGUACCAGUCAGAAGCCAUUUACUUUGUCUGGACUCAAUUAUUUUAGCGUUUCUUUGACGGCUGUAUUGAAGAUAUUGCAAGGAGCUGGUUCAUAUUUUACAUUCCUGACUUCAUUGCGUUAA